AUGGACCUCAUGCUGCUCGGUUUCCUCUACGCCUUCGGGGCGACGUGUGUGAUGAACUACCUCAUUAUGCUGGUGCGCAUCUGGACGACGGAGAUGAACGUUCAACGGCGGAAGAGGAUCGUCGAGGCGUACGAAAAGCUGCACGGGCCUUUGAGCAACCGUGCGGCGGAGGAGAGGGAGGGUGAAGGCGACGCGCCUGAGACCGAUGCGUCAGCUGACUUGCUGUCCGAGGAGCCGCUACGCGUCGCCUUUCUCCACCCCGACCUCGGCAUCGGUGGCGCGGAGCGGCUGAUUAUCGACGCCGCUGUUGGACUUCAGAAGCGCCAAUCGAUCCGCCUCGUGGAGGUGAUGAUCGUCACGAAUCACCACGACCGCCGUCGAGCCUUCAAGGAGACGACGGAUGACACGGUGCGCAUUGUGGUGCGGGGCAGCAUGCUGCCCGCCAGUAUCUUCGGCCGCGCCAAGGUGCUGUGCGCCACGAUCCGCAUGGGUUUCGCCGCCUUCGCGACAUGCUGGAGCUUUCCGAAUACAGACUGUUUCGUUGUAGAUCAGGUGGCGGCGGCGAUGCCGGUCCUCAACUUUUUCGCCGGCAGAACCCCGAUCCUCUUCUACAGCCACUUCCCUGACCAGCUCUGUGACCCGAACCGCAACCCCGACGGAACCUUCAAAAGCCCCGGCUCUGGUGUGGCUCCGUGGCACGAGACCUAUCGCGGCUUCUUCGACCAAGUAGAGACCUCUUCCAUGAAUUUUGCCACGAGCAUCGUGUGCAACUCAAAGUUCUCGCGUCAGGUGUGCAUCGACACGUUCCCGAAGCUGGCCGACAAAAUCGACGAGGCCACCGAUAUCUUUUACCCGCCAGUGGACAUGAAGGUACGCGAGGUGACAGAGGACGCCCUUUCCGAGUCUGCAGCUUUGCGUGAGCUGAAGGAGGCAGUGAGCGGCGCUGUCACCUUCGUCUCCAUCAACCGCUACGAGCGCAAGAAAAAUAUCGAGCUGGCCAUCGAGGCCUUCGCGCUCCUGCUGUCGACGGGUGAGUUCAAGAGCGCAGAUGGCAAGAAGCCGCUAAUGCUGGUCAUCGCCGGCGGCUACGACCCCCGGUUGGAGGAGAGCGUGCAGUACGCCGACGAGCUGGCCGCGCUUGCGACAACGAAGCUGCACAUUCCAGCAUCCCAGGUGCGCUACCUAAAGAAUAUCAGCGACGAUGAAAAGAUCGUGCUGCUGUCUGAGAUGCGGGCCCUCGUGUACACGCCCUCUCGUGAGCACUUUGGCAUUGUGCCGGUGGAGGCCAUGGCGUACUCGAAGCCGGUUGUCGCGAUCGUCGAUGGCGGCCCGUGCGAGAGCGUUGGCAACGUGGAGCUGGAGGACCCAUCGAAGUGCGGCGGACUCCUGUCGUCGCCGGAUCCGGCGGCUUUUGCGGAGAAGAUGGCAUGCUUUGCGCGCGACCCGGCCUACGCAGCCAAGGUCGGUGCACAAGGUCGUGCCCGCGUCCUCGAGAGGUUCAGCAUGGAGGCGUUCAGCACGCAGCUAGUGACACGCCUGGUGCGCCUGCGGAGUGAAGCGGACAAGAAGUUGUUGGCUGAGGGCAUCGAGUUUGCCAGGAAAGAGGCGGCCUCCAAGGCAGGUAAAUCUUCACUGAAGGCGAAGAGCGACUGA